AGAGAGAGAGAGACAGAGAGAGAGAGAGAGAGAGUGAGGGGAGGAAGGUAAGAAACUGAAUUGCGUAAUUGGAGUCACUGCUUCUAUAUUAGAGACAAACUCUUGUUCUUUUCGUCAAACCCAGUUUUCCUCCCACUGACUCUUCUUCAGUCCUACCAACAGGUCCGAUCUGAGCGAAACUUCCAGAUUGAGCUUCCUCAAGCGUCAACAGGAUGGCCCUUCUAGACUACCCUGUUCCGCAGUUGGAUGUUACAUUGCAAGAGGUCAGCCGUGUCCUGCAGCUCACUCUAAGCCCUGAUAUUUUUCUUGAGUUCAAAAGUACGCUGGAAGUCCAGAGGGAGCUCCUUCAAGAGGCCCAGGAAAAAUGUGUAACCCUUGCUGCUGGCCAAGAGAAUUGGGUGACGGAGCAAUUUAAGAGAGGUCUGCUGUCCUGUGCUGACCCCCUACCCACCUCUACAGCUCUCCCUGUUGUUCUUCUUCCUUCAAAGCUUAAGAGAUGUACCCAGCUGGGGAGGGCAGCUGCUCUGCUCUGGGCAGCAGCAAAGCUCUACAGUGAGCCCUUGUUAUUAGAGGGCAAUGCGCCAAUGGAGCGCACACAGCAGUCCGAGGUGUUCGCUGCCAGCCGAAUUCCUGGCAGGGAUCAAGAUGAGAUCAAGGUUUACCCAGAUAGCCUCCAUGCCAUUAUCACCUGUGUUGGAGGAGUGUUUCCUGUUGAUAUACUGUGGUGCCCCAACACAGGUGGGCCAGUUUCUGCCAGACCUUUCAUUGAUAUCUACAACCAGCUGGCUCAGGUGAUGGAUCAACCAAGUGCAGGAAAACAAAACGAUCCCUCAGUCAUUUGCAGCCUCUCAAGUCUUGAGCGCAAAGUCUGGGCUGCGACCCGAGAAGAGAUCCUUGGGCAAGGAGGGGCUGCAGCAGCAUCGUUGCUUCAAAUGGAGAGUGCAGUGCUUACACUCUGUCUGGAAGACUCCAACGCACCCUCUGAAUUAGCUGAUGUCCUCAAUGCAGUGAGACUUGGAGGAGGAGGAGACAGUCCAUGUCUGAGACACUAUGACAAGGUGGUGAACCUAGUGGUUUUUAAGGACAGCACUGCUGGGCUAGUGUUUGAGCAUAGUGCCGUGGAUGGGAUGGUGGCUGGACUUGUGACAGAACAAGUAUACAAUCUGUCAGAAACUGUUGACUUAACCGUUUUGCCUACUAACACAGAAAAUGUUAAAUGUUCUGUAAGUGUAAACAAUGGUGAUUCUGAAGGCCCUGCAUCCCUCACAUUUCCCUUGCAAGCAAAAAAUACACCCAAACCAAGUCCUGAUUUACAAGCAACACACCCAGUUCUUACUUUUGAUGUGCCCUCCUACCCUGAUGUCUUUUCGACUCUCAGAGGGCAAAGAGGCCUGUAUGAUGCCUGGAUCAACUUCUCUUUGCAACUUUCCCUAAGGCAGACUAUUGGGGAAUCAGCUGCCAAUCAGAUACUUGUCACACCUACGCAUAUGCGGCACUACAAACAUGGUCGUUGUGAUCCAACAUACUCGCUCACCACGAAUUCCCACAAAUUAGUGGGCGCCUUGGCUUCUUGCAUUGGCCCAGACAAUACAAUUCAAUACACCACUGACCUCCUACAAAUGUUUCAUACUGCAUUCUUGGAGCAUAAGAGCCUCAUCAAAAAUAGCAAAAGUGGUCAAGGAGUCGGUCCUCAUCUAGCUGCAUUGCGUCGACUUUUGCCAUCUGAUAAUCCACUGAAAAGGUUCCUGGACCCCUUUGGAUGUCCAUCUGUGUACCUGACAGGAACAGACAUGAUGGAGGGUGUGGAGUGUGGAGUAGGAAAUGUUUAUGCCAAAGAUCAGCUUGCUGUGACCUACCUUGGAAAAAGAGACAAGGUUCGCAUUGUGCUAAAUGGGAAAGGGAGCUUUGCUUUGACACUUGAGAAACUUAAAGAAAGCCUGAGGAAAAACCUCAAGUUAGUGAUGCUUUUAGCGGUUAGAUAUGCCAUUGCAAACCAAAUGGGUGCCCUGGAAUGUGUACUCCAACAGGCACAAACAGACAAAAUGCAUGAAGAGAGGAAUCACUGCGCUGUGAGGCUGGACAAUGGGAAAUGCAUUGCUGAUUCCCCUUCUUGCACAAACUCUGACUACACUCUGGUGAUCCAUGGCGGUGCAGGAGAAGAGAUGAUGUUAAACACUGAAGUGAUUGGGGUAAUUGAGUUUGCUCUACAGACAGCUUUAACCCUUGGAUCCCAAGUGCUGGCACAAGGUGGAAGAAGUCUUGACGGAGUCCAGAGGUCAGUGGAAGCUCUAGAGGACUGCUUCCUGUUCAAUGCAGGUAAAGGCUCAGUAUUCAACAAAGAUGGAAAAAAUGAAAUGGAAGCAACCAUCAUAGAUGGCAAUGCAAUGAGUUCAGGUUCUGUUGCUUGUGUGAAAAGCGUGAAGAACCCCAUAAAAGCAGCCAGGUGUGUCUUGGAGAAAAGCUCACAUUCACUCAUUGUGGGGGACGGAGCUGAAGAGUUUCUGCAUGGUUUGGAGGGCAAAGAUAAUCCGGUUGAGCCUGAGUAUUUCUACACUGAUAUACGUCAAAAAGAGUUAGCUGUAAAGCUCAGUGGUGGGAAUAACUCAAAAAACAAUCACCCUCAGACAGUUGGAGCUGUGGCGUUAGAUCGCUGGCAUGGGUUGGCUGCUGCAUCUUCCACAGGUGGGGUAGUAGGAAAGCUGAAAGGGCGAGUUGGGGAUACAGCAGUGGUGGGGGCAGGAAUCUAUGCUGAUGACAAAGUGGCUAUUACGUGCUCCGGAGAUGGAGAUGCAUUUUUGAGACACACAGUAGCACAGAAAAUAGCCAGCCUCUACAAUCACAAGGGGUACAGUAUUAGGGAAGCGUGUAGAGAAGUGAUGACCAAAAGUCUGAAUGGGAUUUGUGGAGGAAUAAUUGCUGUUGAUAAGAAAGGUGACGCCACCAUUGAAACAAAUGCUGGCGUGAUGUUUGUGGCAUCAAUGGUGAACGGCAUUUCAAGGGUAGAGGUCCUGAGGCCCAUGACGAGCUUCUCUGAUGUAAUCUGGGAAACAGAUGAGCUGGUUGCUUUCCUAAAUCCAAACCCCUGGAUCCCUGGGUCAACCAUUCUGACAAGAAAAACUCUUAGUGGGGCAAGGAGCAUCUUCGAGUUGGCUGUACCUGACUUUGUGUCAAUGUUACAAGGGGCAAGAGUUGUUUCAAGCUUGCUAUGUGAGCGAUUGGGAGUGCAGCGAUGUGCAUUGGUUUUCAAUCCAACACCUGACAAGCCAGCACAGAUAAGACUGCUGCCUCUCCAUGGCCUUGAGCCGAAGUGGCAACCCCAUCUUGCUUGUGAAGAGGAAUUCCAUCAUUCUGAUCCAGGCUACUGCACCUCAAAAAGUGGCCCCAGCUGGGAUGAUGAAACACUGGCCCAGGUGCAAGCCAAGAUUAGAAGUGGAUUGCCAACACAAAAUGCACCCUCCUGCUUUGACUUUUUUGGAGAUGCUUCCAAUGAUAAUGUUUUCAGUCGUAUUGUACGUGGAGAGCAGCAACAGUGGAGAGUGUGGGAAGACAAUGAACAUGUUGCCUUCCUGACACCGUACCCAAACACUCCUGGAAUAACAGUUGUGGUUCCUCGUAAGCACCUGUCCAGUGACAUCUUUAAACUGGAGGAAGCAGACUACAAAGCCCUAAUCUUAGCCACCUACAAAGUUGCCCGACUAGUGGAGGAGGGAAUGGGUGCUCGAGGUGUUGCACUAAUCUUUGAAGGCUUUGAGAUUGACUAUGCUCAUGCCAAGCUGAUCCCUCUGGUACCUUCACCAGAUGGCACCGAGUCUGCUGAGCUGCAACCUGAAUACUUCCAAAAAUAUCCUGGAUAUGUGUCAUCACUGGAUGGCCCAGCAGCUGAUCCUGAAACCCUCAAAAAGAUCCACACAAAAAUGACCCAGUGCAGGCCUCCUCAUUCAUGGAAAGACCCUCAGUCUCACUCCACACUUGCCAUCAAGAGCCACUGGUAUCGUAACAUGUUCAAAAUUCAAAACACUCUUUUCCACAGCACAGUUGAAUAUUUCCACACGACAUGCCAGUACUCCUAUGCUCUUACCCCCCUCACCACAGACACCAUCUCCUCCCCCAUGGGCCUUGGGUCUGACUCUGAACCAGUUUCUGUUAACCUGCUUGGCCAGGACAUCUACCUUGCUGACUCAAUGCAGUUUGUGCUUGAAUACUUCCUUCGCUUUCAGGAGAACCUGCCAGGGACAUACUACAUAUCUCCCAGCUUCAGGGGAGAAGACCCUGAUGCCACACACUUAAACCAAUUCUACCAUGUGGAGUGUGAACUGCUGGGUGACAUGGACAAUGCCAUCUCCAUAGCAGAGGGAUUCCUUGCUCAUCUCACCAAGUCCAUGUUGAAGAAGCACUCUGAUAUAAUCCUUGACACUGCUGGGACCCUUACACAUGUCAAAGCCAUGCUAAGUAAGUUGGAUGGGAAAACAGUGCUACCAAGGGUCUCUCUAAACCAGGCCAUUCCCAUGAUGCCAUCUGCAGACUGCUUGGAAUGGGUUCAAGAUGGCCAACCCCAGUUUGGAAGAAAGCUAACACGCAAAGGAGAACGGGUCUUGAUUGAGAAGUAUGGUGGUGCUGUGUGGCUGACUGAGAUGGACCAUCUAGGGGUUCCCUUCUACCAGGCAUAUGUGGAGGGAACUGGACGGAGCAAAGCCAAAGCUGCCGAUCUUCUUUUGGGGCUGGGUGAGACUGUAGGCCUUGGUGAACGUCAUUCCACCUCUGAGAUGGUACAGGAUGCCCUCAAGCACCAUGGAGUGCUAGAGCAGGCCUACAAAUGGUACAUUAACAUGCGUCAAGUGAAACCACUCCUCACCAGUGGAUGGGGUAUGGGGACGGAGCGUUACUUGUGUUGGCUGCUUCAGCAUGAUGAUAUCAGAGAUAUUCCAAUCAUUCCUAGGAUGAAAGGAAUGAAGUACAUGCCUUGAUCUUGGAUUCCCUUAUUGUUAUCAGGAAAAUAGAUUAACUGGUAACAAUUCAGCAAAAGCAGAAUAUUCAAUAUAGAUUUUAAUCAAGAAAAUGCCUCAAUCAUCCAUAUUCUUCUUAAAAACUUAACCAAUUAUUUCUAAUUUUGUGUCCAUGGAUAGACCCAAACUUCUCGGUAACUAUAAUGUUAAAUGUAAAAAUAUCUUUACUCUGAUGUGUUAAAGAAUAAAGUAAUAACGUUGAAUAAAUAAAUAACAGUGGGUAAGACUUAUCUGUCAGUAAGUUGUAAGUGAUUGAUCAAAAAAUUAAAAAUGUUAUAUUCUUUUAUGCAAGCAAUUCUUUUGUAUUUCUCUAUAUGAUGUUUUCAUUUACUUCUAUCGCAUUGCCUUUUUAUGUUAAAAUAUUUAUGUUACAAAACAAAUGAAUCAUGUGUCAUUGCCUUUUUUUUAAAGAAGUAGUAAUGAUUUUUUUCCCUAAACAAGCAUUAGGGACAAUCUGCAUUGAUGUCUUACCAUGUCAUCAGACCUGUUCCAAGGCUCCGCUGGCAAUAGCUACCAUACUUUACCUUAAAGACGGUCAGAGGCCUCUGAAUAUGUGCGUAAGGAAAGCUCAUAAAACAAAAAUGUUUGUGUGUGUGUGUGUGUGUGUGUGAAUUUGGCAUUUAAAUU